UUCUGCCUGGGCCGCCGGCGCUGGGGGGCUGCACCCGGCUACCGCGGUGGGUCAUCCGGCCGCGGGCCCGCGAGGCUGUCGGGGAUGGAAGAGGGCCGUGCGGAGAGGCGACGGAGGACGGAAGCUCCUUCGCACACACAGGGCGGCCCUAGGAGGGCUGGCGUCAUGACCGACGUCCACCGGCGGUUCCUGCAGUUGCUGAUGACUCACGGCGUGCUGGAGGAGGGGGACGUUCGGCGGCUGCAGAACCACUGCUAUCGGGUCCAUGACCGCUCUGCCGCCGUGGAGGAGCUGGAGGACUUUAUCAACAACAUCAACAGUGUCUUGGAGUCCCUGUAUAUCGAGAUCAAGAAGGGCGCCACCGAGGACGACGGGAGACCGGUUUACGCGCUGGUGAAUCUGGCAACGACCUCUGUUUCCAAAAUGGCCUCAGACUUCGCAGAGAACGAGCUGGAUCUGUUCAGAAAGGCCUUGGAACUGAUUAUUGACUCAGAAACGGGCUUUGCAUCUUCCACAAAUAUUUUGAACCUGGUUGACCAACUUAAAGGCAAGAAGAUGAGGAAGAAGGAGGCGGAGCAGGUGCUGCAGAAGUUCGUGCAGAACAAAUGGCUGAUUGAGAAGGAAGGAGAGUUCACGCUGCACAGCCGGGCCAUCCUGGAGAUGGAGCAGUACAUCCGGGAGACGUACCCUGACGCCGUGAAGAUCUGCAACAUCUGCCACAGCCUCCUCAUCCAGGGUCAAAGCUGCGAGACGUGUGGGAUUAGAAUGCACCUACCUUGCGUGGCGAAGUAUUUCCAGUCCAAUUCCGAGCCGCGCUGCCCCCACUGUAAUGACUACUGGCCCCACGAGAUACCAGAAGUCUUCGACCCUGAGAAGGAGCGGGAGGCUGGGACGUCCAGGGCCACCAAGAGGUCCCUGCGGUCCCGGCAGCACUAGCUGCUGCGCUCUGGGGACUGCAGAAGAGCUGGUUUGCGAGAGAAGCGGCGUGUCCAACCCCCCUGCUUAGUGUUCACGUGUGAGCAGGUUUGGAAUAAAGUCACUAAGGGUC